AUGUUUAUAAAAGAUUUUAUUAAUAAAAAAGAUAAGGUUUUCGUUAAAUUUAUAUUUUAUUAUUUCAAAGUGCUCGGUACGGCAACGAUAAGUUUCAAUACUGAAUCGACGAAAAGUCGCAAAAGAAAUGAGUGGAAGUUUACGCAUUCAAAGAGCAGUAUUAUGUACAACAUUGGUCUAAUUAUUUUUGUAACAACAGUUAGCAGUUUUGGAUUUAUCUACGCAAGCUUUCAGCACCAGACAAAUUUUAAAAAAUUCGAAAGAGUAACCGAUCGCGCAGAGGAUGUAUUUAAUAUUUUAUCGGUUACGAUUAUUAUGAUGAUGUUUUGCUUCAAAUAUAAAAAUAUGGCUGGAAUCGCUAACAAAAUGUCCAUGAUAUACCAGUCUUUGAUUUCUUCAUGUCCUCAGACGCUUUAUAAAAGCUUCACUGACAACAUUUUAUUGCAUAUCAUUCUAAUUAUUUCACCUUACAUUAUCAUUUGGCCAUUUAUAAUUGUUUUUAACUUUAUUAAUUUUCCGGAAUUUGAAAUUUACAAUUUCACGAUAUUUAUGAAUGAUAUCGUCAUAACAGCUCUAUUAAUGCAUUAUUCUACGGUUUUAAUAUUGCUUAAAUACUUCUUUAAAAUGUUCAAUGUGAGGUUAUCCUUUAUGUUGGAAGAACAAGAUUACUUGUGUGAAAUUCAAUACUUAAACUGCAAUAAUCGCUCAAAAGGAAAAAUUAAAGAAUUAUUUCACAUGCGUAAAUUGUACGCAUCAUUGUAUGAAGUAUCUCAGGAUGUAUCUAGCUUUUAUUCCGGGCCAAUGUUUCUAUGCAUUUUUAAAAUAUUAGUAUCAGCUACUCUUUCAUUGUAUUACGUUGCAAAGCCUAUUAUCAUUGACAGUCAUACUAUCUUAAAUGUUGAGAUCAUACGCAAUAGUAUGUUUGGCCUCAUCUACGCUACAGCACUAUUAAUUUUUACUACACUUGUUACGCAAACUGCUAGAGAGAGUGUUAAAACACGAGAAAUCACUAACCGUUGCAUAAUCAAUUUCGAGAAUAAAUACAUCAUCAAAGAGUUAAGCCAGUUUUCAACAUUCCUACUGCAAGCUGAUGUGACCUUUACUGUCUAUGGGUUUUUUUCACUGAACCAAUCAUUGCUGACAUCGAUGACAGCGUCUAUGACUACGUACCUAGUAAUUAUUUUGCAAUUUCAACAAAAUAAUUAG